GCCUCCGGGGGGGCGCUGCGGGGCGAUUCCCGCCUCCCCUUUAGCAAAGCCUCCAGGUCAGUCUCCGUUUGUGCCCUUUCCUCAGAAGGAAGAGCACCUCGGUCCUUCGAGUCGCUGACUGCGGCCUCGGGUGCCCGGUCCCCGCAGCCGGCACUCCCUUCGGGUCCGGGGCGCCCUCCGUGGAUUUUUCCCCCGGGGUGUCGAUGACUAAUGCCUGCUGCCUAAAGAUUGAAGGUAUGAGGCAAGACUUCCCAUUACUACUUAAUCAAGAGGAAUUAAGUUUGAAACAUACUCUCUUAAAGAGACUUUGGGAACAAGAAGUGUUCAGGUAGGUUCCUCUGUCAGACUCACAGGAUGCUGGCCAUUGAUCUUUCUCCUUGUGGAUCUUUCAAUGAGAGGAAGACAUCAACUAUGCACACCUGGUCUGAUCUUUCAGGUGGGACAAAGAGAAGUGCUAAAGACAGUGGGAAAAAGUUCUCCAAAAACUCUGCCAGGUGAGGAGGGAGACACAGAAAGGGAAGAAUGGGUGCAGGAUUGCUGACAUCUUGGUCACAGGACUUGGUGACCUUUGAGGAAGUGGCGGUGGACUUCUCCCAGGAGGAGUGGGCACUCCUGAACUCUGCUCAGAAAAUCCUGUACAGAGAUGUGAUGAUGGAGAACUUUAGGAACCUGGCCUCCGUGGUUUCAGGCUGGGCUACUCAACUUAAAUCAAAACAUGCAAUUCCUAUGCAGAAUGUUCCUGAAGAAAAAACUUCUAAUGGCAUAAAAAUGGCACCAACUCACCCUGGUGAGAAACCUUUGGAAUUUGAUCACUAUGGAAAAUUCUUCAGAAAGAACUGUCACCUUAUUUGUACAAGAUAUUGCAAGGGACAGAAAUGCUACAAAUAUAAAGAAUACAGGAAAGAUUUUGACCAUUUCUUAACUCUUAGGAGUCAUAUGAGUACUCACGCUAAAGACAACAUUUCUGAAUUUAUUGACUGUAGCAGAGUUUUCAAUCUAGAGUCAUCCUAUAGGGGACACUCAAGAACUCUCACAGGAGAGAAAUCUUCUGAGUGUAAUCAAUGUCUUCUGUCCUUCAGAUUACACUCUUCCUUUUCAGGACAUAUGCAAAACCCUAUUGGAGAGAAACUCUGCGAAUGCAGUGACUAUGGACAAAGACCUUCCCUUAGGGUGCACAAAAACUCGUGUACUGAGAAGGGAAGCUCAAAAUGUGAUAAACAUGGGAAGGUUUUUACUGGCCCCUUGUCCCUUCAGAAAUGUGGGAGACUUCACACUGCAGAGAAACCUUAUGAAUGUAGUGACUGUGGGAAAAUAUUCAUUUUUCACUCUUCCCUUAAGAAACAUGUGAGAUCACACACUGGAGAGAAGCCUUAUGAAUGUAAUCAUUGUGGAAAAUUCUUCAGCCAGAGCUCUCAUCUUAAUGUGCACAAAAGAACUCACACUGGAGAGAAACCCUAUGACUGUAAGGAAUGUGGCAAGGCUUUCACUGUUCCUUUCUCCCUCCAAAAACAUAUGAGAACCCACACUGGAGAGAAGCCCUAUGAAUGCAGCGACUGUGGGAAAGCCUUUAUUGAUCAGUCAUCCCUUAAGAAACAUCGACGCUCUCACACUGGAGAGAAACCUUAUGAGUGUGAUCAAUGUGGAAAAUCCUUCAGCUCGGGCUCUUAUCUUAUUGUGCACAAGAGAAUGCACACUGGAGAGAAAACCUAUGAAUGUAGAGAAUGUGGGAAGGCCUUUAGGAAUUCCUCUUGCCUGCGGGUACAUGUGAGAACUCACACAGGAGAAAAGCCCUAUAAAUGUACUCACUGUGGAAAAGCAUUCAGCACCAGCACUAACCUUAUAAUGCACAAGCGAAUACAUACUGAGCAAAAACUUUAAGAAUGAAAUGACUACAGGCUAGCUUUAAGUGGUCCUUCACACCUCAUUCCUCACUCUAGAGCUCACACUGGAGAGAAACCUCAUUGUGACCAAUGGUGAAAGCCUUUAGGCACAACUUUCAACUUACCUUAUACAGGGAGCUACCUUGUAAGUGUUACAGUUCUGUGGUUGUCUUUAUCAGUGAGUGUUUCAUCCUUAAAGUUUGUCAACUCAUUAAUCGAGUAUUAAAUGUAAUGUAGCAUUCUAAAUUUCCCUUGAUUUAUGUCACAAAAGUUUUGAUAGAUAAUGUUUUCAUUGUAAUUGAGUACCAGUUCUCAUCAAGAUGUCUUGGAUCUAUACAAGAUUCUUGGAUUUAGAGAUGAGUUUUAAUGUGAAAACUCUGCAUAUUUUAAUUAUCUUUUAGUUAUAAAUUUCUAAUUUAAUUGCAUUGUGCACUCAAUAUAUGGUCUUCAUGAUAUAGAUUCUAAAUGACACAUAUUCAGAUAGAAAAUUGUUGGAGAUUUGCUUUGUGGCCUAAUGUGUCAGAUAGAACCAGUUGCUGUCCCGUUUCAUUGCUCCCUUCCUUCCUUAAAGUAACAGAACUACAAUUGUGUUCAAGUUGGCAGUGUGGACAGGUUGAUAAGGAAUCAUCUAGCUUUCCUUGUAGCUAUGAGUGCCUAUGAGCCCAUAGUCCUGGCCCAUGAGAAAGAGUGAGAGCUGCUCCUGGAUUUUAAAGAAACCUAUGGAAAUGGGAGCAUCUCAUCUGGUAUUUUCUCUUAACAUUUUCUAUUUAUCUUAUCUCUUCUUCUUUCUUAGGAAAUAAACCAAAGGGAUAGCAGUCAUAAGCUACUGGUUAUACAUACAAUAGUAUUUGGCUGUACCAACCCUGGGUUGUUUAUUUCUGGACUUCAUGUAACAUGAAAAAAUAAUAAUAAGCUCCAAACUGGAUUAAACCACUCUUGUGGGAAGAUGCUGUUACAAUGGAUUUCACUCUCAAUUGAUAGAUCUCAUAUGUGGCCAGGUUUUGUGAAUCCUUCAAGUAUAGUUGAAAACAAUCUAUAUUCUGUAAUCAUCAGGUAUAAUAGAUUUAUCUGAUAGAUAAAUCUUACUCUGUUUAUUAAAUCUGUAUCGUUACAAACCUUAUCUCCUGGUCAACAAUGGUUGCUGGUACCAUUAUGCCAAUAGGAAUUCCCAGUUUGGGGUAUAGCAAAGAAGGAAAAUUUAGUAUAAAACA